AUGGCAGUCUGUACCAUUUCGCGACUUUUGGCAUUUGGUUGUAGCAAAACGCUUCCUGAGAGGAAACUCGUCGGGACUUUCGAGGUUGUGAAAUCAGAAGAUUCCGAAUUUCCUAUCAGCACCAUCAUUUUUAACGAUACCACGGGUAAACUUGCUUGUCAUUUUGACAAUUUUCAACCAUGCUGGCUUUCCAAAAGAAUUGCGGUGACGAAAUGGAACUUCAUACUGAAUCGAUUACCAAACGGACGAAUUUCUUCGAUGUAUCUUGAAGUGAUGGAGGUUGAAAUGGACGAUGAAAGUUUUAUGAACGUAAAAACCGGUUCUGAUCAAGCAUUAUUGGAACGAUUCCUACCAAGGUCUCCCGCCACGAUCUCUCGGCAACACGAGGAUACACAUUUGAUUGGAAAAGUUCACAUUAAGAGCAUACUUCAUCAGGAAGAAGACAAUUCUGUUAAUUUCUUGCUAACGCUCGUCAGUAAUCUAGAUGAAGAUUCUCAUGUUCACGUGUUAUUCUCGAAAAACGACUCGGUGGAGCAUUAUGUUUCGAUAAUUGUAGGAAAAACAUAUCUUCUGGCAAAUUUGAAAAUGCACAAACGAACAUCAUCGAUGGAUUUCGUGUAUGAAUUUAGUCCAACAUCUUCAGCCAUAUUUCAUAUUGAAGACAAACACGCGGUAGAUUAUUUGGAAUCAUCAAAUUUAUCUGCUCCUCACGAUUCGCGUCUAGACAAAGUUGAGUGUGUUUUGGAGAACCCGAUAGACAUGGAUCAUGAUCACACCCCAUUUUUUACAUACAAGGGCACCAUUACUUGCAUCAUAGAUAAUGUGUUGGGAGUAUUCGUAUUGGACUCACGGUACAUAUUACACCUGAGUCAGUAUCCUUCUUACAAUUACUUAUCUCUACCAUAUCGAAUGGGAGUGACAUUACUUCUGUACAAUAUACAUGCAGUUCCAAUGAAAUUAGAUCGUGACAUAUGGAAGUUAUCAUUAAGAAAAAAUUGUCCAAGAUUUGAUGAAAUCAAAAUUAUUUUUGUGGCGUGCUUCUGUAGCACCAUACAAAUUUCCAAAUUUCCAAGCAUUAACUUCUACUGCGACGUGAUUACGCCACGGGUAGUAAGCAAAUUUUCGUUAUUUCUGGAUAACGAGUUAUUUAACCUAACAGAUUUACUAUGGGUUCAAAAAGUAUAUUAUGAAAUUUCAGAAAAAUUUCCCAACAAAUUUGAUGAUAUAACUUUGUUGGGAAAUCCCUUGGAUAGAAUAAAAAUCUCUUUGUUAUCGAAGUUGUUCCAAAGAUAUCGCAUAUAUGAUCGGUGUCGAAGAUGGCCAGAAGAUUUUUUUAGCCACCGCUUUUCUUGUAAUGUUUGUAGACCAAGCAAUGUUUGCCCAAUAAAAUUUAUAUCCUUGGCGGAGUUAUUGAGGGUCAUCGAAAGAAUUGAGUUACCGCCAAACAUUUUUGAUGGGAUUGAAAACUGUUAUGCAUUUAGGGUCGUUUCGCAGUCAGAAAUUAGAUUGGACUCCGUUCAUUUGAUGGGCAUCUUAGAAGGGAACAUUAAUGGCGAGCUUCAGCUUAAAGAUCACACAGGCCAAAUUUUAGCCAUAAACAUUUCAUCGAUCCAACGAAUACAAACCUACCAUCUCGAUAGUGUGUGGGUUAUCCCGGAGUAUGAAAUUGUAGUUGAAAGACCAGGUAAAGCAUACAUUAGAUUUGCAAUUGAUAAGUGCUUUUGUUUUUUCGCCAAGCCGUCGGCCUUCCCUUCCGACUUGAGCCGGUGCCUUUUUCGAGUUUUGCAUAUCCAUCCGACAAAGGUAGAUUAUGCAUCUGAAGGAAAACCUCCAAAAGUAGGAUUUAAGAUGCACCUUGACGUUUAUCCAAUUGAAACUGACUCCCACGCGAAUAGGGACAUGCAAGCUUGUGCCUCGAUAGUUCAGUUAAAGUCGCACCUGGAAGAACUUAGUAUUACGAAUGAAAGUUCAAAAGAAGUUACAUAUUUUCAUCUUUCGGGCGACUUUCUAAGAUUUUUACCCGCCAUUCAUAUUGGUUCAACGUACGAGCUUGCAUGUAUAUCUGCCUUAGAAAAAUCCGAUAAAAACGAGUUUUCGAUGAAAAACAUCAAUGCGGCCAAAAUCAGGAGCAUACAAAUGGGUCCUGAGAGCACAAUCUACAAAGAUUUGCUUGAUCGCGAAUUCGGAUCAGCAUUGGAUGGAGCUGCAAAAAACAUCCACCAAGUCAGUUCAAUCAUUUCGAUGAGAGGACUAUUGCUAUCUAAAGAAUUUCGAGCAACGGCAACGUUGCCAAAAUUCAUAGGACAGCCUUUUCGUAAGGGAGUUUCGAGUCAAAGGGAUACGAGUCUGUUAUUGAGAGUUCGAGACCUGCACACGAAAGACGUUGUCGAUGUGUACUUAAUCUCAACGACAAGAUACAUCGUCCCAUUAGGAAUAGUUCCCGGACAACCUCUCGUCUUGAGGCAAAUAAUAGCAAAAACCUCCGAGUUAGGAAAUGUAUACUGUUGUUCGUUACCCACGACACAUAUAUCUUUGGCAGGAUUUCCCAAGGAUGGACAUACAGUGCUCCAGGAACUUGAAAGCACAAAGUUGGUAGAUUUACAUGAUAUAUCGGUACGAGCAAUUUCUCGAGUUCACUGUACGAUCACUCGUAUUAUCCAUCUGACCGUACAACUGAUCUGCGAGAUAUGCGAGCAGGUCUAUUACGAAAACACCUGUCCUAAUGGGUGCACACUUUUUCCGCCAAAAUUCCGUGCCGAGGGAAGGUUCGAGAUUAAGGAUGGCACGUCUAAAGCAAUCGUCCUUGCCAAAGAUGAACAUCUAUUGCGAGGGUUCUUGAAGUUGAACGAUCAACGAUAUCAAAAAAUAUAUAAGGAUGCCACCCGGAAAAAAAUUUACUAUCCGGACAAAAACGAUAAGAAUAACUUAUUAAAUCAAGUUUGUACCGGUUCGAUUGGUAGGGAAAUUAUUCUGUACUGUCGGCCAAUAUCACAACAUUUGAAAAAAAGCGAUUUUCCAGAUCAAAUGGAAUUAAGCGUAGCUGGCGUCGAAGAAGUACGACCAGAAUUAGAAGCAUUCAAGUAUUUGCAAAGUUUAAAAAAAUUUUAUAACGCAUAA